GAAGCAAAAACUGAAAAAGAAGAGCUGGAAUCACAUGGGGGUUGUUGUUUGUCUAAUUGUCUGUGGCAGUGACAUCUAAUUCUUCUCCAUUCUUCAUUCUUCUUCUUCCUCCUCUUCCUCUUCCUCAUCCACCACCGCUCUGACUCCAUCUCCACCAUGACCUUCUCCUUCUUCCUCCCCCCAGCACUUGCAGUCUGAUUCGCUCGUUCGUCUUCCUCUUUCCCUUUUUCUCCUUCUCUUUCUUGCCCAUCUCAACAUGGCUGACGAUAAGGAAAUUUCUGCACCUGUUGUAGACGGUAGUGAUCCAACUGGCCACAUCAUCUCCACAACCAUCGGAGGGAAAAAUGGAGAACCAAAACAGACCAUUAGUUACAUGGCAGAGCGUGUCGUGGGAACUGGCUCUUUUGGAAUUGUUUUCCAGGCAAAAUGCUUGGAAAGUGGUGAGACUGUGGCUAUAAAGAAGGUUUUGCAGGACAGAAGAUAUAAGAACAGGGAACUUCAAUUGAUGCGUGUGAUGGACCAUCCAAAUGUGGUUUCUUUGAAGCAUUGUUUCUUUUCCACAACGAGUAGAAAUGAGCUAUUUCUCAACCUGGUUAUGGAAUAUGUCCCAGAGACUAUGUACCGGGUUUUGAAGCAUUACAGCAAUGCAAACCAGAGAAUGCCACUAAUCUAUGUCAAACUUUACAUGUACCAGAUUUUUAGAGGGCUGGCCUAUAUACACACCGUUCCUGGAGUUUGCCAUAGAGAUUUGAAGCCUCCAAAUCUUUUGGUUGAUCCUCUUACUCACCAGGUUAAGCUUUGUGAUUUUGGAAGUGCAAAAGUGCUGGUGAAAGGUGAAGCAAACAUAUCUUACAUAUGUUCACGUUUCUAUCGGGCUCCAGAACUUAUAUUUGGUGCCACGGAUUAUACAACCUCAAUCGAUAUCUGGUCAGCUGGUUGUGUCCUAGCAGAGCUUCUUUUGGGCCAGCCACUGUUUCCUGGGGAAAAUGCUGUGGACCAGCUUGUUGAGAUCAUCAAGGUUCUUGGCACACCAACACGUGAAGAAAUUCGUUGUAUGAAUCCAAACUAUACUGAUUUUAGGUUUCCACAGAUAAAAGCACAUCCUUGGCACAAGGUUUUCCACAAAAGGAUGCCUCCAGAAGCAAUUGAUUUGGCAUCACGACUUCUGCAAUACUCACCAAGUCUUCGUUGCACAGCUCUAGAAGCAUGUGCACAUCCUUUCUUUGAUGAACUUCGUGAGCCCAAUGCUCGCCUACCGAAUGGUCGUCCGUUUCCACCUCUCUUUAAUUUCAAACAGGAUUUGUCCGGAGCCUCUCCAGAGCUAAUCAAUAGGUUGAUACCUGAGCAUGUGAAACGCCAGAUGGGUCUAAAUUUCUUGCAUCCAGCCGGCACAUAAAUGUGGAGAAGUUAAUAUGCAGAAUCUAUCUUCCAGUUGAUGUGUGACACAAAGGUUUAGUAUCUUUGUGGUUAAAUCACCGUGUAUUGAGGCCUAACGAUCAUCUUUUGUUGCUCUACCAAGAAGAGUGCAAAUUGGGGCGGAUGGAUGGCUUCCCGUAAUGUGUUAUCUUCAGUUAUUUCCUCCCUUAUCCCUCACUUCUUCCCUCCUUUUUCCCGAAAUUCCUUUUUGUUCCUGUAAAUGUUUGAUAGUAAUGAUAGUCUGAGUUGGACCGGUAAGAAAGCUGCUAGAGAGGAAAAGCUAGGAAACUGGAAAAGUGUAUUUAUAUAGCUAGGAAAGAGGGCUCCUAAUAGAAUGUUGUUGGUUGCUGGAUGGUUGUCGUUUUACUUAAAUGUUGUUUCUUAUUAGCCCUGGAGGUGGUUUGUGGUGGCUGGCUGACUCGAAAUUACGGAUGGAUCCUGUUGCUUUACUGUUUGUGCAAACUUGAAAGUGUAAUGCAUUGUUCUCUGGUCUCUGGUUUAAUGUA